GUUAGCUGUUCUGUUGACGGUAUAGUGUGUUAGCUGUUCUGUUGACGGUACAGUGUGUUAGCUGUUCUGUUGACGGUAUAGUGUGUUAGCUGUUCUGUUGACGGUACAGUGUGUUAGCUGUUCUGUUGACGGUAUAGUGUGUUAGCUGUUCUGUUGACGGUAUAGUGUGUUAGCUGUUCUGCUGACGGUACAGUGCUGGAGCGCUGGUGUAGUGUGUUCGUCGCUGGUCUUCUUCUAUCAAAAUUUCUGUGGAUUGUAAUUGGAGGACUACUGUUUGGGCUGGACCUAUUGGACUGUGUGUGUGUGUUCGGACCUGGCAUACACACGUGUCGUGUGUGUGUAUGAACGAUCUAUAUUGUGACUGAACAACACACGUGCAGACGGUAAUUGUUAGGAGGGUGUGGAUUACCCGUGUCUGGGCAGUGUGUGUGGAUGUGUGUGUGUGUGUAAAUGUAUGUGGCCGUGGAAUCAGGAAUGGACAGCACACUUCAGAGGAGAGGAGAGAGCCCCCUUGCAAUGGACUUCACGAACGGCGAGGCCCGACUGGGCCCUCCCAUCAUCAUGUGUACCCGUCCAUACCCAGACUGCAGUGUGGAACAGGGGGAGUGUUGUGACAUGGACAGCACCAAUGAGAGCGGGGUGGGCUCUGACACCUCUGAUGGGGGGCGGAGCAACGAGAAAGAGGAGGGGCUAGGUGGACUGUUCAACAAUUCUGGCCAGCUGAUUGGCUCGGCUUCUGCGUCCGUCUUCUCGGGGGAGGAACAGUUUGAGGACUACGGAGAGGGGGAGGAUGUGGACUACACUCCCAGUAGCCCUUGCCCCGACGAUGACGCUCGCACCAACGGCUUCUCAGACCUCGGCUCCUCUCUGCCCUCCAGUGCUGGUCAGACCCCUCUGAAGAUGUGUCACCUGUACAACAGUGAUGUGUUGGAUGUCUAUUGUUCUCAGUGCUAUAAGAAGGUUAACCUGCUCAACGACCUGGAGGCCAGGCUCAACAACCUCAGAGCCAACAGCCCCAACAGAAAGAUAUCCAGCACUGCCUUUGGACGUCAGUUGUUCCAACACAACCACAGUGCUUUUAGCAGCAGUCAGGGAAGCACAGAGGACCUGUUCAGAGACUCCAUUGACUCUUGUGAUGUGGACAUUACUGAGAAGGUGAGUUACCUGGAGAAGAAGGUGACCGAGCUGGAGAAUGACAGUCUGGCUAAUGGAGACCUCAAGUGUAAACUCAAACAGGGCAACACACAGCUAGUACACAGGGUUCAUGAGUUGGAGGAGCAGCUGAAGGAUCAGGAGAGCAGAGCAGAUCAGACCCUGGAGGAAGAGACACAUAGACACAGAGAGACCUACUGCAAGAUGGAGAGAGACAAGAACACGGACAUAGAGCUGCUCAGUAACAGAGUUCAGCAGCUGGAGGAGGAGAAUGGGGAGAUGAAACUGAACGUGUGUAAACUGAAGUCUCAGACUGAGAAACUAGACCAGGAGAAGCAGCGUAUGACAGACCGGUUGGAGGACACCAGUCUGAGGCUGAAGGAUGAGAUGGACCUCUACAGGAAGAUGAUGGACAAGCUGUGGCAGAACAGACAUGAAUUCCAGAAGGAGAGAGAGGCCAUGCAAGAGUUGAUAGAGGACCUGCGUAGGGAGUUGGAGCACUUGCAGCUGUUUAAGCUGGGUUCAGAGGCGGGGCAGGGGGCGGGGCUAUCAGAAUACAACGCCAAGACACGGGAAAUAGAGAUGGAGCAUGAGGUCAAGAGACUCAAACAGGAGAACUUUAAGCUGCGGGACCAGAACGAUGACCUGAACAGUCAGAUCCUCAGUCUGAGUCUGUAUGAAGCUAAGAACCUAUUUGCCUGCCACACCAAGGCCCAGUCACUGGCUGCUGAGAUAGACAACGCAUCUAGGGACGAGUUGGUGGAUGCUCUGAAGGAGCAGGAGUGUGUUAACCUACGUCUGAGACAGUAUAUGGAUAAAAUCAUCCUGGCCAUUCUGGACCACAACCCCUCUAUCCUGGAGAUCAAGAGUAACAGUUAAACACACACUCACACACACACACACACACACACACACACACACUUCCACGCCUGGGGAUGAGACAGAACUUAAAACAACUGACACUCAAAACAACUGACAGCUGUCUGUGGUUUACAGCUGAAACUCGCCGUCUACUCUAUCUGUCAAUCAACUGUUAGAUGUCCCGCCUCCUUUAUCUAUCCCACCAAUGAUGAACUGUUAUUAUGUUGCCAAGAAGAGAAACUGUGCUACUGAAUGACACUAUCCGGAGACUAGCAGUAUUAUGAUGGUGUUCACAUUAUGAUGAUGAUAAUUAUUCUAAGUUAGGUUGACACACUCUCUCUCUGGGUUCACGAGCUCCAGGAUGACUGUCCACUAGCCUACAAUGAUGUCAUCAUUUAUUACUGAUUUAACAAUGGGAAUAUUUGCAAACCGGAGCGUGCCACUUUUGAUUGGCUAAUUGAGCUGUUCGAUCACGUUCAAAAGUGGGGAAAGGUCGUAGGUGAGCGGACGAGGAAGUGUAACAGAGUGUGGGUAGGUUAAGACAAGGGAUUUUGAGGUUCCUUCGGGUUAAGGUCUGAUAGCUUGGUAGAGAUGGGAGUCGUUGGUCAUAUUAUGGACCGUUCGGAUGUUUGAUGCCGGGAUACAGUAGCAAUCAACCGUGAGGUGUGCAACGGGGACCAAGGGUGAGUCUCAAUAGUCACUUCCUCUUCUUGUCUUCUCUUUCCUCUACACUGACAGGACAGGUGAAAGAUGCCCCACUCAGAUACUUCCUUCCACCUGUCCUGUCUUCUCUGAUCAGUGCAAAUCAAGGAAAGGAAAGGAAGGAGAUGAGGCCCUCCCUCCCCCUCCUGUCCUCCUCCCUCCCUCCCUCCUCCCUCC